CCUGUUAAAUGUUAAUCACAGAGUAAAAUACAGCCGAAAGCCGUGACUGAGCGUGUCCCCACUCAGUUUCCUCCUCCUCUUUCCGUCCCACCGCCAUGGCGACGACGGAGCAACCACUGAAGAAACGGAAGCUUUACGAACCACCUCCACCGCUGCCUCAGUCACCGCCUCCUCCUCCUCCACCGCAACCACCGCCGCCGCUGCCUCAACAGCAUUCCGCGCUAACUUUCCAGCAGAGCAACGCUGCUCCGCCGCUAUCUCAGGAUGAAAUUCACCGACGGAGAAGAAACCAAGAAGAGAUUCGAAAUGCUUAUGAGUGCUACAAACGCAUUAAAUUCUGCAUCUCACAGACCGACGAUCGUCUUAUGGCAGAACUCGAACAAGCAUAUCUUUCUCUCCUUACUGCCUCGAGAGGUUGCACAAGUGUACAACGUCUAGUGGCUGAUUUUAUUCCUCGAUUUGCUUCGUAUUGUCCCACUGCUCUUGAAGCUGCAGUGAAAGUUGUUAUCAAUAUGCAUAAUUGGAAGUUAGCUUUGAUUGGUAAAGGAGAAGAUACAGACGGUGUUGCAUUUGACACUGCUAAGGUGUGCAUUUUUGGUCUAGCUGAUAUUUGUCGAAGUGCUGCUGCUGAGGCACCAACAUCGUCAGUUAUUCGAGGAAUUUGCACCACAGUUUUUCGUGAUGCACUCACCUUCUUUAUAUCAUGUUUUGAAGGGAAGGAUGUUCUCGAGAUUGCUGACAAGGAAUAUUUUGGUAUUCAGGAUGCUCAUUUAUUCUCUGAGUACCAACAAAAGAUUUUAAACAAGGAACAACCGGUACUGCUCAAGCUAUCUGAGUUCCGAGUACUUUGUUUCCUCAGAAUUUUCUUUACUUGCCCCAAAAAUUCAAUUGCAACUUGUUUUGAGCUCAUCGGUUCUACUGGAUCGGAGGAAUCUAAGCGGGAAGGAUAUUACUUACUUCGUCAGUUAACUAACAGGCUUGAUGAUGCUGUUGGUCAUCCUAGGAAUGGAGGAAAUAGUCCUGUGAUAUCAUCACCGAAGGCCACAGAAACAAGUAGCAAAAGUAAGGAAGUGGAUGAUGGCGUUGCAACAUGUGGCAAACAAGGCUCAGACAAUCGCUCCCUUGUUUCGAUGAACUGCUUAUUACGACUGGUUAUAGAGAAAGAUCAUUCUCUGAAGAGUUGGAUUUACUCAAGGUUUAAGAAAUUAAGUGAAUCAGCUUCCUCUCAAGUCGUUUCAGAUAUUUCCGCAGUUCUUGAAGGCGUAUUGCAGUCUUUCUUGAAUGAAGUGAAGGCAGAAAAACCUCAUGAUGCUGGUGAUGAGGAUGGUUUUGAUACUGCAAAGUAUGUUAGUGAGUACUUGUGUCAUGAGCUAUCUGCUCAAAAAGUAACUCAUGAAGUUUCUAGAAGCCCAGCAGUUCCUCUGGGAUCAACUCACCGCUCCAGUAUGAGUUCAAAUACUAAUAGUGGUGAGCGUAGGUCUGUAGUUUUUGACUCUAAAGAGUCCGGAGAUUUUACGAAUACUAGGCCUUCUGUGCACAUGGAGGUCUAUAACCAGCAGAUUCUUUCACCUAUUUCUAGAACACCAUCGAAUUUGAGAAACAGUUCAUCUGAUGGAGGACACCAUGUCAUGAUGGAGAACCACCGAAUUAUUAAUGUGGACCGUCCUCUACCAGCCUCAAGAUCAGCAGGAGGUAAUAGCUGUUCCAUGGAGUCACCUAUGCAGCGGUUACCACUGUCUCAUUCUUCCACAAAUCAAGGGAUUUGGUACUCUGAUGGAGACUCAGCUGCAGCAGACAUCUUUUUCGCUUCAAAACAGCUAUGGUUGGGGUCUUUAGGCCCUGAUGCAUCUGAAGUUCUUGUCAGACAUAAGUUUGAAAUGUUUGGUCCAGUAAAUCAAUUUGUAUUCUUUGCAUUCAAAGGUUUUGCUUUGGUUGAAUACCAAAACAUUAUGGAUGCGGUGAGGGCCAGGGAAAUCAUGCAGGGAAAUUCUCUUUGGGGUGCUGGUCUUCGAAUAAAAUUCAUGGAUAAAGGAUUAGGUACCAAGGGGACUAUAAAUAGUGCCAGUGUUGGUUCUAGUUGCUAUAUUUAUGUUGGAAGUGUUCAGAGCCGCUGGAUGAAGGAUGAUGUCGUGCAUGAGCUGAGAAAAGCUCUUCAAAAAGGUCCUCGGAUGGUAACUGAUCUAGGCAGUGAAGGAGCAUUGCUGAUGGAGUUCAACACACCUGAGGAGGCCACAAUUGCCAUGAAUCAUCUAAGGCACUGGCGUAAGGUAAGGAGUGACUGCAUUCAGCCCCCAUACUUAGGUCCGACUAAUGCUUCCAUGCAUACUGAAGGUAUAAGACCUAGCUCUACGUCUGUUUAUGUUGGUACGGGAAGCAAUUUUUGUGUGAAUAGUACUGUUGGGCCAUCUCACUUCAAGAACAUGCUUGAGAACCAUUCUGACAGUCACGUUCCAAGAAUAUCACGUCUAUCUUCAUUGCUUUCACAGUUGAGUGCCAAAUAUAAUGUCAAAUAUGAUCCUGGCUAUAAUAGUCAUCAUAUGCCGGGGAGUUGUGAAACUGGAUUCUUUGGAGGAGAUACAAAGCAGACAAAUACACUAAGGAUUAGCAUUCCGAAUGGUAGCUCCUUGUUUAUCACAGAAGAUGAGCUUUUGGCUAUUUGUAAUCUUGCCAUUGACAACAAAGGUUCUAUCAUCAGGUUAAUGAGAGAAAAUAUGCCUAUGGGUUCUUGUUGGCUAGUUGAAUGCAGCAGCAUGGAUUCUGCAUAUACUCUCCUGAAGAACCUUCGUGAUUGUCCUGGGUUGUUCUUCCAGAUAGAAUUCAGUCACUCUGGGCAGCAUCAUGUUCAUGUUCCUGUAAAAAAUGAAGGUAGUAUUCAGGAGCUCACAUCACCCAGACUAAAUCCAGAACAAGGUAGCAUGUCUCAUGCUGGAUAUGCAUUUCAGUCUAACUGGCCACAUGUAGCAAGCAGAGGGAUGCCCGAAGUUGGUUCUGGAAAAACCGAGAUGAUGAUUCCAAUUCCAUCCCCGAGAGGUAAUCAUAUAUUUUCUGGUUCUGCUAAUGACAUGUGGAUGCACAGGAAAUCUGAAGCAGAGAUACAUUCUAGACCGGCAAUCGUUGCUUGCAAUCCUACACCUCCUCAAGCACCUCCUAGAGCACUACAGCCUCUUCAAGGACCUCCUACUGUGCCACUGCCUGUUCAAGUACUUCCUGCUGCAGCACCACAGCUAAUUCAAGGACCUCUUAUUGCACCACCACAUCAAGCACAACCUCCGCCCUUUGUGCGCCCAAUGUAUUUUCCUCCAAGUGGGUGGGAUUCACGUGGUUUGAAUCAUAACUUGCCCCCAAAUCCAAUUCCAUCUGGUGCAAUGCCUACUAAUCUUCAUCAUUGUUCAGUUGCAUCACCAUUUAUACCUGUUUCUGUGACUCCACUGUCGCAAAUACAAGGCACCUCCAUGCCACCAUUUGAUCAUAUGUAUGCUGUGCCUGUUGUUCGACCACCAGUGACGUCUUUACCACCACAACCACCACCUCAGCUUGACUCAUUACCCCCAUUACCUCCACCUGUCUUGCAGCCUCCGUUACCUUCAUCCCCACCCCCACCACCUUACCCUGACCCACCUAAUAUUCCUCCUCCACCUAGUUCCCCACCUCCUCCUCCCCCGCCUCCAUUAUCUGAACCUUCAAAUUCAGGAAGUUCUAGUCAAUAUUUGCAAUGUCGUUGGCAGGGAUCCUUGAGUAAAAGUGGAGUUCAUUACUGCACGAUUUAUGCCCAAAGAGUAGAGUCAGAUAUUUGCAGGUAUCCAAAUGCCAGUGCUGAGCCGACAGAAUGGCCAGUGAAGUUGGAUAUGACCAAACGUACUGAUUUUCGGCAUGUCAAAUCAACAUUUUGUAGUACACCACCCCACAAAAAGGAGAUAUGCUGGUUGCUACCUUCUUCUCCAAUGGACCAUAAGGGCUUUCAAGAUUUUGUAUCAUACUUGAAGCAGAGGGAAUGUGCUGGUGUAAUUAAAAUCCCAGCUGUAAACUCAAUGUGGGCAAGGCUUCUCUUCAUCCUUCCACAGUCAUCUGAUACCUGCUCUAUGCUCUCUGUUGCACCUAAUCCUUCUCUUUGUCUACUUGGUCUGGUGGUGCCCAAAGAGACAAACUCUGAAUGGGUGUGAUGUUACCGCAUUGGGAGAAAGAGUGGAAUACGCUGCUAAUUGCCUAAUGCUCUGCUGCUCGCCAGGUUUUGUUCAGUUUUUGACUAUGAUGUGUAUCAUAAAGGCAUUUGCCAAGAGCUUUGGUGAAUGUGCAUGGAUCAUAAAGAAAUUCAUGACGCACAGCCAGUGCUGAUUGGCAGUUGCAGCAAGAUAUGAUGAACCACAGUAAUUUGCUCACCAAGCUUUAAAUCUGAUGUUGUAUAUUAUUGGGCAAUAGAUCAAACUCCUCAUUCUACUGCAUCAACUGUCAUCUAGUGUGAGAUGGUUACUGGGAAGUCAAUGUUACUUUAUUUAACUUUGUAGGUACUCAGAAGAUCAUAUCAUCGAUAUUACAACAAGAUGGUGUUGUCAACUCAAUGCAAGUUAUAUUAUAGGAGUCUUCUGUACUUAGAAUCCGCUAAGCCUUUCUUCUUCUUUCUUCUUUUCUCCAUUAGUAGUGGAGGGAUAUCUUCUCUUCUCAUGUCCAUGUAAACAUAGUAGAAAAUGGUUGUAUGUGAGCUUUGAAUUAUUCUUUUUCGGCACCAAUGUUAACUAUUUAGUAAAAGGUCUGCUGUUACGCAGUUCUUGCUCGCCAUAAGAUGCUUUAGUUGUGUAAAUGUGAUUACUGUUAAUGGGAUUGCUUAAGACAUGUUUCAUUGUUGCA